AUGGCCUUGGGCAUCACUGUCACGAACGUCUACGGCGUCCCCCGACAGCAGCAGCAACUGCAAGUGAUGGUGAACGUGGACUCCGCACAUCCCAUGAAUGUCGCUUCUAUGGCCAUAAGGAUGAAUUAUGAAGGCUUGGAACCAUCCGCGCCACUGCAGGCGGCCGCGGAAAUACGACCAGCGGGAGCGCAGAGUACGUGCGCUGUCGACUGGCGGAUCCAGUUCACACGCGAGCACCGAAUGAAUCUCAUGGCCAUUAUUGGUGCGCGUAUCUGCAGACCCCUUGCCCGGCAUUAA